AUGCAGUGUUUCAGAUUUCAAGAUCACACUGAUGUGUCACAUGCAUUUCAUCUUCAAAAAUCAAGAUUGUUCACAGUGAUGUGGUAUAUCGAACAACCAUCGUCGAUUUCAACCACCCGAACGCUAAAAGCAUUGGCUAGGGUUCGACACCGCCACGCACCACCCCCACCAGGGCUGGCGCCAGACGAAGAGGCAGGCGAUGAGCAAACCACAUAA